AUGUUUGAACUAGAGUUAACUGCGAGGGAAAAGGGUAAGGAUGGAGUACAAACUGAUUCUCUAUCGUUGAUGAAAAGAAUAUUGGAGAGCCUAAAUGAGAUUGUGGAGACGGCGGAUAUAAAGGCGACGGAAAGAGGGCUGUUGAUCCAGGUGAUGGAUGUAACGCAUGUAGCCUUUGCAGACAUAUUUCUAUCGUCAGCGAUGUUCACGAAGUAUCGAUGUGACAGGGAACUGGUGAUUGGGGUUCAGCUCAAGACAUUCACUAAGAUAAUCAAGGGGAUGAGUGUUGAGGGAGGAGGGAUAUUUAGGCUGGAGUGUGACGAUGCGACGACGACCCUGAAUGUCAAGAACAUCAGGGAAGGGAAUGUGCUGAGCUUCAAGCUGAAGCUAUUUUCGUCUGACACUGAAGCCUACAAUGUCCCUGAGUUUGAGUUUGAUGCGUCUGCAACCAUACCUGCCGAUGAAUUUAUGUAUGUUCCUAGGCUUGUGGGUACUUUUGGAGAUGUUGUUGGGGUUCAAGCAGAAAACAAGACCCUAAUGUUCUUCCAAACGGGUGAGCAUGCAGAUGCAUCGAUGAGUUUUGAGGAAUCGCCUGCCCGCGAAGGAAUAAAGAUUGAUGCCAAGGAGCUUAUAACCCAGGAGAUUGCCAUGAAGUAUGUCAACUUGAUUAGCAAAGUUGUUCCGCUAUGCAAGGAUGUGAAGAUAUCUCUUGGAUCUGGGAAGCCCGUCUUUUUUGGUCUUUGCAUGGAUGAUUUUGCACACAUGAAGCUUUAUGUAGCUCCUAAGUUCGAGAACGAUUAUUAA